AAGUAAGAAGCCAGGUUUCUUCAUAGCUCCAGCUUUUCUUUUAAAAGAAGAAACUUAUAAGUAGCUUAAAUGGCUUGUUCAUCAUCAGCCACAAUGAUUUGGUUGUGUUUGAGUAUGUUACUUGGACUCGGCUCAGCGCAGCUGUCCUCUUCUUUCUACUCAACAUCAUGCCCCAGUGCUCUUUCAACUAUCAACUCGGCUGUUACCUCGGCGGUGAAUCAGGAGAAUCGCAUGGGAGCUUCUCUGCUCCGCCUUCACUUUCAUGAUUGUUUUGUCAAUGGUUGUGAUGCAUCGAUUUUGCUGGCGGACAAUGGGAGCUUUGUCGGGGAGCAGAACGCGUUUUCGAAUUCGGGAUCGUUGAGAGGAUUUAAUAUAGUCGAUAACAUUAAAACUCAACUGGAGAGUUCAUGCCCGGGUGUGGUAUCGUGUGCUGAUAUCUUAGCUGUGGCCGCGAGGGACUCUGUUGUGGCGCUUGGUGGGGACAGCUGGACAGUUCAAUUGGGAAGAAGAGACUCGACGAAUGCAAGUCUUGCCGCUGCUGACAAUAACCUUCCCCUUGGAAAUGCCAGUCUUUCUCGUCUUCAAUCCUUAUUCUCAAAUAAAGGUUUCACCACUGCUGAAAUGGUCACUCUAUCAGGAGCUCACACAAUAGGUCAAGCCAGGUGUGCAGCCUUCAGAAACCGAAUCUACAAUGACGCCAACAUAAACGCGACUUAUGCAACAUCAUUGCAGGCAAAUUGCCCUACUAGUGGAGGAUCCAGCAAUCUGGCCCCUCUUGAUCGCUCAACCCCCACGUCCUUCGACAAUUCCUACUACACAAAUUUGCUAACCCAAGAGGGUCUUCUCCACUCGGAUCAGGAGCUGUUCAAUGGCGGCUCCACCGAUUCCCAAGUGACUUCCUACACCACAGAUCAGGCUACAUUCUUGUCAGACUUUGCAAGUGCCAUGGUGAAGAUGGGCAACCUUAGCCCUCUCACCGGCUCUAGUGGUCAGAUCAGAACUGAUUGCACCAGAACCAACUAAGCCAAAAAUGACUAAUUGCUUUUUACAAUUUUGAAUUGUUUGUAUGUUGUCAUAAAGGUCGUUACAACAGAGUGGCCUUGUUGCCUGUAACAAAGGUUGAGAGUUAAUCCUCUGAAUGUGUGUGAGUCUUGACUAGCAAAAAGAAUAAGUGUCAUUUUGCAACUUGCAGGAUGACAUAUAUAUACGUAUCUCCGGUUAAGUUUCAUCAAGAGUUUAAUGCUUAUUUCUCAGUUUCUUGUUGUAUUUAGAAUAAUUUUAAAUAAGCUUCUACAUAAAAUUGUCAUUUUUUUCGUUGUUU